GUGUUUUAUAAGCUCAACCUCGCAUUGUCACCGGUGGCAAGUUAUCGAACCAACCUGUACCCAUCAAGACCAAGAUCCUGGUGUACAAACCAGUUCUGCACAGCCUUGGCGGCUAUGCAACAGAGGUUGCUCUAGCCCAACAGAGCAAACGAUUUAGUUAGGAAGUAAGACCCUUCUAUUCUCACAAUGCGACAACAACAACAAACUUUACAAAAGCAAACUUCUCCAGCAAUUUUCUAUCAAUCAAAGCAACAUGAACCAAUCGAGCCAAGAAGAACAAUGUACAGAAUUCACAAACCCAAAUAAUAAUGACGACCAAAUGAUCCCCAUGGUCGCACCUCCUCUCGAAGUAGUGGGUUUCUGGAAUGGAACCAAUUGCGCGGCAACAGGAACGCAACAAGGACCAACCAGAGCAUCCCUCUCCAUGUACGGCAAUGGCACCAAUAUUUGGUACUUUGACGGUGUCCCACAAACGGGUCUCGGUGUCGAGGCCAUGGUUGGCUGGGACUGCCUCGGCCUGCAAGGAAGAGGUGUGUGGUGGGGUCAAACUGCCGAUUCCAGCAGCGAGUUUUGGUGCAACUUGUUCCAGGUGGAGUACGAGGAGGAAACACGACAAGCAACCUACAUCAACUAUGCCUUUGGUGGGACCGGCCAAUAUGCUUCCGCCGAGGGAUCUUGUCCCACAACGUUCGACGAAAUCCCUCCCGAUGCCUUGCAGGCAAGCUUUUCGAGGACCGUGGGCGAUGACGAAACCUUUCAAUUCACUUGCCAGGAGGACUCCCAACAGCAAUCGUGUCGUCCACGGGGUACGCCAGUUCCAAAUCCCUUUGCGGAUGAGCAGUCUCUUCCUGUGCUGGAUACUACUACAUGCCUCCCAAUCGAUGGACCAUCCUCCGCGUCAGUGCCAAGUGUCGCCAGUCUGAUUCUCGUAGCUGCGGCCUUGGCUUUCGCCUGAUGCUAGCUGUGCAACCCAAGCCAGAAGAAAAGAUGUAAUGACAUUACCUGUUGCCACGGACCAUCGUUGCCAAGGAGUGGUUGCCUGUCCUUAUCAGCUCCGCUGCUUCCACCUCCUUGCCAUGUCUCCGGAAUUGGAACUGAAAGUUGUGACAUACCGGUUAGCUGUUGCCUUGGUGGAUCAUCGUUGACAGGGGCUGGUUGAAUCCCCGUCUCGCCUCUGUUGCUUCCACCUCCUUGCCCUGCCUGGCUUGAAAACAGAUCAAUGGGCACUGAGAGGUUUGCCAUACCGGUUAGCUGUCGCCCCGGACCGUCAUUGCCAGGGAGUGGUUGCCUGUCAAUAUCCCCUCCGAUGCUUCCACCUCCUUGCCCUGUCUCCG